CGCCAUAUUUUUCCCUCGAAGAAGCCGCAGUUUCCGCUUAAUAACCCCAUCUCUCUCUCUCUUUCUAACGAAUGCGAAUGAAAAAAAAAAAAAAAAACGUAAAAUAAUCUGCCAUUUCCGUAGCUGAAGAAUCCAUUGAACUUUGAGGUCGGAAUUUUCGGGGAUUCCGAGAACAAGGAAAUGGGGAUUCAAGGGCUUUUGCCGCUACUGAAAUCGAUUAUGGUGCCGAUUCACAUUAAGGAAUUGGAGGGCUGUUGUGUGGCUGUCGACACUUAUUCUUGGCUUCACAAAGGCGCUUUGUCUUGUAGCAAAGAUCUCUGCAAAGGCCUUCCUACUUCCAGGCACAUUGAUUAUUGCAUGCAUAGAGUAAAUCUGCUGCGGCAUUAUGGUGUCAAACCUGUUCUUGUCUUUGAUGGAGGUCUUCUACCAAUGAAGAGUGAACAAGAGAACAAACGUGCAAGGGUGAGAAAGGAAAAUCUUGCACGUGCUAUGGAUCAUGAGUCAAACGGCAAUUCUGCUGCUGCUUAUGAGUGCUAUCAAAAAGCUGUUGACAUUUCACCUUCAAUUGCACACGACUUAAUUCAGGUGUUAAAGAAGGAGAACAUACGAUAUGUCGUGGCUCCUUAUGAAGCAGAUGCCCAAAUGACAUUCUUGGCAAUCAAGAAACAGGUCGAUGCAGUUAUCACCGAGGACUCAGAUCUAAUAGCAUUUGGAUGUCCCAGGAUUAUUUUUAAAAUGGACAAAUUUGGGCAAGCUGUUCAGUUUCAGUAUUCCAUGCUACAACACAACAAGGAAUUAAGCUUUUCUGGCUUCACGAAGCAAAUGGUUCUUGAGAUGUGCAUUCUGAGUGGCUGUGACUAUUUGCAGUCAUUGCCUGGAAUGGGCCUGAAAAGGGCCCAUACUCUUAUCAAAAGGUUCACAACUUAUGACAAGGUAAUUAAGCACCUGAGAUACAGCAUUGCUUCAGUUCCUCCUCUUUAUGAAGAAUCAUUCAAGAAAGCAAUAUUGACUUUUCAGCAUCAACGUGUUUAUGAUCCUGUUACUGAGGACAUUGUACAUUUGUCCGAAAUAUCUUGCGAUAUUGGGGAUGGUUUGGACUUCUUAGGGCCAUCGAUACCCAAAGAUAUUGCUAAAGGCAUAGCAGAAGGUGAUCUUGAUCCAUUUACCAACAUGCCAUUUCAGGAGAGUAGUAGUGCCAGCAGAACUUUGAAAAUAAAAAAUGUGGAUCUUGGAAGUGUAAAGAAAAAGCUAGACUUGCCUGUACAGAAGAAUCUUCUGACCAAGUACUUUUGUUUUGCCUCUCUCGAGGCAAAGAGGAAAUUCAGGGCCCCCCGUUUAUCACCGAAUCAUCCAAGUCCUCAUUGCAACUCUUCUCUCAGUCCCAGAGAACAUGUUGCCGAGGAAGCUGCUGCUUCUAAAACAACAUGCUCAGAGACACCGUCCCCACUUCACUCUGAAAACAUGGGCAAUGUCUCUCUUCCGAGUGACUCCGUUGAAGAUGGUAUUGCCACUGAAGUUCAGGACCUUUUAGAAUCUCCAAGACAUGGCACGAAGGACGAGACAAGAAGUCCAGAACACACUUCGCUGCAACAACCCAAAAUUUCAAUUCAUAGACCUUGUCUAACACAGCAAAAGGAGCAUGAAUUUGAGAGUGCCCCAGAUGCAACUGAGGGAAAAAUAAGAAAAGAGAGCAGAAAGGUCAUUGUGAGGAGUUCUUAUUUUCAGCAUAAGGUAGUAAAUAACAGUGAUCAAGAAAACAAAGCAGAUAGUUUGGUUAAGGACAAUCUGGCCAUUCAUACGAGUCAAGAUUCGGUUCCCGCGAGUACCCUCGGAAAUGGCUAUUCCGUUGGCAAUGUCUUGAAAAGAAAGAAACCUACAAACGACAGCAUUCAAGAAGAAAAUGUAAAGUCCAAGCACAUGUGUACUGACACUAGUGAAGGGAAGUUUGGUUCCAACAUUUCACAUUUAGCCCAUUAUUCUGAUAUAGCAGGAAAAUCUAUGGAAAAGUUCGUUUCAAUAAUCUCAUCUUUUAGAUAUUCUUCAUCUGGUUCUCGUGCGAGUGGCCUCCGAGCUCCUCUUAAGGAUGUUCAGAAUAUUAGUAACAAUAGGUCAACGGUUGGUAUGGACUUUAGCCAAUUUGCAUAUGCCCCAAAAAACCACAAGACUUGAUUUCAACCUUGCAGUGGCAGCUAAACUUGAUAGAGUAUUGUUAAGAAGAAAAUUCUUAUGAUGGACUA